ACGCGCUGUGUGUCAGUUCUUUUGUUUUCGGGCAUUCUGCUUCAAUAAGCGCUCCCACAAAUACAGCGUCCGGAACAGCCGUGGUAACUUAUUACAAAAGGGUUAGGAUAUGUCGAGUACCGAACUUCUAGCGGCACCCUGUAGGGACCAACUCUACACUGUAGACGCUGGUACCUGGAGCUUCAUUUCUGACUCUGAAAGCGCCAGCAGUUUCAAGACUGCGCCGUCCUUCACUGAACUGGCAUCAUGGACUAAAAAAAUGCCCGAUGUCUGGUUCGUCACAGCGGCGAUCUUGAUCGCUAUCGCGCUGGUAUCUCUUUUCUACUUCGGAAGUUCUCUCCGCAAUGACGAAGCUGAGAACGCGGAACAACUGGUCAUCAACUUGUCUGCCCUCCCGACCCAGGUAGCGCCCCAUCUAGUACAACGGACUCGUCCCACGUCGACGUCGCUUACUACGACUCCUACCACCACGAUGCCGUUCACUUCUGCGUACCGGAAAACAGCAUUCAAGAAUGAUGCCCAUGUCCAUCACGGUCACGUCGUAGGUCAUGAAUCGCGAGCAGCAACUAUGACGUCGAGGAAUGUAACCACAACUAAGGCGGUAGCGAUGACGACGGUGACUGCGCCAACUGCAGAGGGACCUGCUGUGACUACAGCUACGGCAAGCACUGUCCAGGACACAAGCUGCACCACCAUUCGAUCGACAACUCAGUCCACUAUUAGCACUACGGUGCCCACAUCGCGAAUGACGACAUCAAGUAGCACGACGACGAUGGAUACGACGACGCAAAGUUCUGCGGACGAGUACACUGUGCAGACAGCCAGCGGAAUUGUUAGAGGUCACAAGGUGCAAGUGUUGGCCCACCAGGUGGUCGUAUAUGAGGGCGUACCAUAUGCCCAGGCUGAACGAUUCUUCAAGCCCACUGACCACAAGGCUUGGGCGGGGGUGAUGAACGCCUCCGGGCUGGGACCGGCUUGUCCACAGAUCCUACAGUCUGUCUACCCUAUUCCUUUCAAACUUCCAUCAAUUUCUGAAGACUGUCUUCACCUGAACAUUUAUAGUCCUGUCUGCGAGCACGACGAAAGCAUGAAGUGCCUUUUAGGGCGCACAGUUAUCGUCUACAUUCACGGUGGAUGGCUGACGACGGGCUCGAACUCCCAUCCUGCGUACGACGGUCGCUACCUGGCCGCCCUGGGCCGGGUCAUCGUCGUGGUACCAAACUACCGUCUUGGUGUUUUUGGCUUUCCAUCACGCUACAUUCCCGAAACGACUCGCAAUCCUGGGCUCAAGGAUAUUGUGAAGGCCCUGCUUUGGGUAAAGAAAAAUAUUGUGGGCUUUCGAGGACGUCCUCAUGACAUCGUUCCGUUUGGACAAGGUGCCGGUGCAAUGGCCAUAGGAUUUAUCUUGUCUUCUACAACGCUGCGUACCAAGUUAUCCAUUAGAAAAGUGGUGAUGACCAGUGGGUCUCCACUGGCACGCCUGCAGGAAACGUCCGACGACUGGCCUCACUUCCUACGACACCUGAAGUGCGAUACCAAGAACGCUGACACAGGGCUAUCAGCCUGCUUGCAGAACAGAACAAUACACGAACUAGUGGAGGCUCAAGAGAAAUACCCAGGUGUCGUCGGCUUCACCUUCCCGGACGAAUACAUUAUUGACGACGUGCCUUCAAAAGUAUUCAGCAAAGGAGUGGAUCUGACAGGACUGGAUCUCCUCCUGGUGAACGCUAUGUACGAAGGAGACCUCGUUUACCACAAGAAUUUCGGCGCCAAGAGAGAGGUAUCGCUGGAUGACCUCCUUGACAGCAUUCUGCACAGGAGACAGACCGCUAUGGAAAGAUACCUUACGCGUUCGCAAAUUGCUUCGGUGUAUUCAGCGAAUAGUCGAUCUCUGCGCAAGGUUGCCGUGGACAUUCUGGGCGACGUCUUCUACAACUGUCCCAUGGAGUUCUUCGCAGAUCGUUCAUGCGUCGGCGGUGCAGAGGUGCACCGCGUCGUCGUCGCUCCUCAACCUGAGGAUUGGGGUGAAUGGGACAGGAUAGUAAACCAGGCGACCCAUUUCGAUGAUGUACCCUACGUGUUCGGGUUUCCCUUUACGAGAGACCCCGACGAUGCAGAUUAUACUGACCAGCAGUUCUCCAAGAAGAUCAUACGCAUGUGGACGGACUUUGCAAAAUUUGGGGCAACAUCGAUGUACAAGUUUCCUUCUCGAUGUCUCAACGGGGCCUCCGUGACACUACUGCCAUCUCGCGAACACUUCGCCAAUAACUGGCGCUAUUCACAGUGCCUCUACCUAAACGGGAUCCUCCGCUACGACUUGACACUUCCGUCAGCAUUCAACACUUCUCGAGAAGUGGUGCUGGAACCUAUUCCCUAUUUUACAACCAGAGCGAUAUUUAGUUCCAUCAUGCGAACUAGAGGAUCUAAUACCCUCUCUCGUCGACAGCGCACUGCUGAAGGGGCGUGGGCUUCGGUUGCGUAAGACAACUGUAUUACGCACGUACGGUUACUAGGUUAUGCAGUCUGUAAAAAAGAGAAAUGAAUCUCAGGCGUACUGUGGGAAGAAUGUCUUCAUGGGCGUUCCUACGUUGUGUGAUGUCAAGCACGCAUGACAUUUUUUACAAAAGCUGUUGUUCCAGCUACCCCGGUUUGGGGAAGUUGCACAUAUAUAACAUCCUGUUCACUGAUGUCAUCCGCUCCUCUAGAGGGCACUAGGUGCUAAAAGGCAAUAG